AUGAGAAGGCCUGCAACUGGCACAAACGAAAACGUUGCUUUAUUUGUUACAUUUUUCGUAUACGAAAAACAGCAAAUAAUUCGUUACAUCUUGCGUACAGCCAGCAUGUCGCGACCUCAAACACCUCCGCACGAACCCCGGUACAACGUGCACGUUGCACCCGAAACCAUAGAGCAGCUCAUCGCCACUGCGUUUCCCCAAAUCGAGCUCCUAUCCCACUCUGAGCUCGAAACAAACAAGGGCUACAACAACCGCCUCUAUUUCCUCAAAGUCCGCCGACGCGCCGGCCCGGGCCAGAGCUCCGUGUUCCGCGGCACAGACGCCGCAGAGCGGGAGCUCGUCCUCAAGGUCAACGGGCGCUUCUUCUUCUCGGACAAGGUCCAGAACGAAGUCGGCUGCCUGCAAGUUCUGCGCCAGCACUGCCCCGACAUUCCAACCCCAACCGUGCUCGCCUGGUCCGAGGAUGGUGCCGCGGUGGCGUUGGCGAGCCCGUCCGCGCCGGAGGAGAAGAAGCACGUCGCGCUGUUGAUUUCCGAGGCUGAUAAGCAGCACGGUGGAUGGAUUUUAAUGUCACGACUCCCAGGGAUUCCAUUGUCGGCGUGCGAUGAUCUGGACGAGGCCACGAGACUGGACAUUAUGAGACAGCUUGCGGCCAUGGCGGCGAGCUGGCGCACAAAGGUGCCCGCGCAGGAGUUUGUGGGCAACAUCCAGUUCCAUCAGCCUACGGCCCACGCUGCCGAACCAGAUUUUGUAAUCACGGACAACGCGGGGCCGCAGCCGCAGAAUCUCGUGGUCCGAGGAAUCCUCGUUGACGAGCUCCGCAUCGCAACGCCAAUCACGAGCGUCACGCAACAGUAUACACUAAAGAUGGAGGAGAAGCUGAAGCAGUUGGAAAGCAAUGACAACUAUACCCACAAUCGACAUCUUGCCCCUGAGAUACGGAGCUUCAUCACAGAUACUCUACCACAGCUGGAUGCUAUUCGGCAGCUUCAGGGCACGUCGAGCAGCAACUUUGUUUUUACGCACUACGACGUAUCACCCAGAAACAUACUCGUGAGCGGUUCGCCGCCCAAAAUUUCAGGAAUCGUCGAUUUUGAGUUCGCAGGCUUCUUCGCGCCCGUGGAGGAGUUCCUCAACGAUGCUGUCGGCAACGAGGGCGACUGGCCAGAGCACUUGUACAAGGCGUACCUGAGAGAGCUUGGGGCGCGGGACAUCGCAACGCCGACAGCUGGGAUCAGCGUCUCUAUCUGGAACGCAGUGCACUGCCUGGAGCGUGUGGCGGACAAUAUUGCGCCGUGGUGGCUGCCGGGUCGGUACGCAGGGGCCGCCCUGGACGAGCAGUUUGCCAAGAGCGCGACAGAGCUGCAGGAGAACUUGAGGAAGCUCUCAUAG